UAAUCUUCGAUUGCGUUUCUUUUUGUUGGUUUUGAUUCUCACCGCCCGUGAUUUUAGGCGCCGGCCUUUCUAGUAUAAAGACAACCUACGAUCGUCGUUGGGUGGUGCGCCAGAAACCCCCUUUUUCUCUUUUUCAGAAUGUCGUCGUCAAGGUACUCGCUACGGCAAACUCCACGAAAGAAGGAACUCUUUCAGGGCAUGGUGGAGACCCCUGUACGCCGCAACACUCGUCGCAGCAAGUCCCAAGUCCCAGAGUCCUCCGACGGUGAAUCGAGCGCGUCGGCCACCGAGAACGUCGUGCCGAAAACGACCAAGGCGAAGAACGAUACCCUCCGGAAGCGCAACUUGAAGACCACCGGCAAGUUCUUCGAGCACAUCGACGAGGCAGAGAACACGAUGCAGCCCACACCGCCCUACACCUCCUCGGAGGAGCCCGAUGUCGAGAACGCGCCUCUGCUGAACGGAAAUGCCAGCAGCAGCCGCAGCAGCCUCGACGCCAAUGGCAAGCCCAGGGAGGAGAAGCUCAUCGACGGCUGGAGGCCCGGCAUGGACCCUAAGAUCGACACCUCCGGCCACUUCGAGUUCGGCGGUUCGCUGGGCACCGGCGCCAUGAUGAUUUUCUUCCCCAUCCUCAUGUGGUUCAUGUGGAUUGGCGCGACCCAAUACAACGGCGGCAUCCCCAGCCGCGAGCCCGGCCAGAGCUGGGCCGACUUUGCCGCCCACCUCUUCGACCUCGUCUACACCAAGGCUUUCCCCCACGCCAAAGCGUGGCUGUGGUACUGGACCUUCCUCGUCUUCGAGGGCGCCUUCUACUGCCUCAUGCCCGGCGUCACCGCCUACGGCAAGCCUCUCCCGCACGAGGGCGGCAAGAUGCUCAAGUACCACUGCUCGGCCUACGUCUCCUUCUACGUGACCUUCGCCGUCGCCGGCGUCCUGCACUUCACCGGCAUCUUCCCCCUGUACCAGAUCAUUGACGAGUUUGGCCCCUUGCUCUCGGUCGCUAUUAUCUCGGGAUUUAUCGUCAGCAUCGUUGCCUACAUUUCGGCCUUUGUCCGCGGCGCCACUCACCGCAUGACGGGCCACCACGUCUACGACUUCUUCAUGGGCGCCGAGCUCAACCCGCGCAUGUUCGGCGUUCUCGACUUCAAGAUGUUCUUCGAGGUGCGCCUGCCAUGGUACAUCCUGCUCCUGCUCUCCCUGGGCGCCGCCGCCCGCCAGUGGGACCGGUACGGCUAUGUCUCGGGCGAGGUCGGCUUCCUGGUGAUGGCGCACUACCUGUACGCCAACGCGUGCUCCAAGGGCGAGGAGCUGAUCGUGACGACCUGGGACAUGUACUACGAGAAGUGGGGCUUCAUGCUGAUCUUCUGGAACCUGGCUGGCGUGCCCCUUUCGUACUGCCACUGCACCAUCUUCCUGGCCAACCACCACCCGGACGAGUACCGGUGGAACCGGUUUGCCCUUGUCGGCCUCUACGUCUCUUACCUGUUCGUCUACUGGGUCUGGGACACGUGCAACAGCCAGAAGAACCGGUUCCGCGCCCAGGAGCGCGGCAAGCUGCUCUACCGCAAGACCUUCCCCCAGCUGCCCUGGCAGACGGUCAAGAACCCGCAGAAGAUCGAGACCGAGACGGGCGACAGCAUCCUGGUGGAUGGCUGGUACGGUCUCGCCCGCAAGGUGCACUACUCGUGCGACGCCUACUUUGCCAUCUGCUGGGGCCUGAUCACGGGCUUCAGCAGCCCGUUCCCGUGGUUCUACCCCGUCUUCUUCUGCUGCAUGAUUGCUCACCGCGCGUGGCGUGACAUUACUCGCUGCCGCGAGAAGUAUGGUGAUGCCUGGAAGGAGUAUGAGAGGAGGGUUCCUUAUCUUUUCAUUCCGUACGUCAUCUAAAAACCGACUUACCAUAUCGCCCUUGGCUCUCCCACACCUAUAUUAGUGUGUAAUAGGCUUUCGCCAGGCGAAGCCGCGGAGUAGACUUUUGGAAAGUAUUCCCUUGGGGGGCGUUUAGAUGGAAGAAGAAGAGAAGAACAAGACCUACACGAAAUGAUCAAAAUACCCAUACAAUUCAGAGAGAAGAUGUUGUAAUAAAGAUGAACAGGUAACGCAGAGGAAGAAGAAAGGAGAAGAAAGAGACCGUUUCACCUACCUACGAUGUACCAUAGUAUUAAUGGCGUAAUGAGAUGAGAGGCGAAAAGGAAAAGGAGUACGGUUGUGAUGCAUCGUCGGCGAGCGAGCAAGCGAUGGGAAGCAUUCCUCUUACCUUAACCUACCUACCUAAUCGUAAUGAGAAUCAAAAAGGUGCAAACACAUCCCA